GCAUGGAUUGUAUAGCACUUGGUCACCAACAAAUGAACAAGAAAAGCAUAUAUGCAUAUAUAGCCUGAAAAGGGAAUGAUACCACCACACACCUAUAACAUUCCCUUCCCUUCCCUUCCUUCCCACGCACAGCAUAUAUCCAUCCAUCCUAAUCAAGUGUCAUUUUCUCCCACAGCUAUCUGUCCCCAAACACAUCUAAUUAAAAGAGUACUAUGUGUGAGAGAGAAGGGAUUGAUAGAGAGAAAAGAAGAGAGAAGGGGCAACCCCCAAAAAAAAAAGAAAGUUGGAAAAGAAAGUAAAAGGAGGUGCAUGGUGUGGAAGAAAAGACCAAUCUAUAUCUUCCAUCCUAGGCCACCUCCAAGCAACAAGUUACACCCCCUCUUUUUCACACAAACACACUGCGCAUACAAACACACACUCCUGUCCUUUCCAUUCCAUCUCUCUCUCUCUCUCUCUCUCUCUCUCUCUCUCUCUCUCAGCUCGUCUCCUACCUUUCAUCCCCCUCUCUCCUCCAUCUUCCAAGCAAGAACUCCUCUCUCUUCUCUUCUCUUCUUUUUCCUCAUCAAUCUCAAUUCCCAACAAGAUCAAGAGCAAGUACUUGUUCAGCCAGCUGCGCAUAAAUAUAUAUUUUUUGUGACCUCUCUCAAGAAGUGGAGUUCUUGAGUCAUCGCAAGGACAAGAAGAGAUCAUCAAUGGAGCUGUUCCCGGCACACCCUGACCUGCAGCUCCAGAUCAGCCCUCCUCCUGCCACCAAGUCAAUGGACUUAGGGUUUUGGAAACGAGCUCUUGAAACCUCCACGACCACCACCACGGCGGCGGCGGCGGCAAGUACAGGUCCUUCCGUCGCUACUUCCUCCUCGCCGCCGGUAGCGAGUGGCGGGGUUGGCGGCGGUGCCGGCGGCUUCUACCAGCAGGCGGCCGUCGCGCCUGCAGCUAACGGCCACGGCCAUGGCCAUGGCCAUCACCACCACCACCACCAACAUCACCAGCUCGGCGGCGCACUCCAGUUCUUGCACCGCACCCAGCCCAUCCCGCCGCAGGACGCGGCCGCCGGCGGCGGCCUGCAGGACCUGGCGUUCGCGCGGCCCAUCCGGGGAAUCCCCGUGUACAACACCUCGCGGCCGCUGCCCUUCCUCCAGAGCCACCACCUCCAGCACCACCAGCAUUGCUACGCCGACACGAUCGGCGUCGCGCCGGGGGCCGGGCCGAGGUCCCCCAGCAAGCAGGCGGCGGCGCUGCGGCUCGCCGCGGCGCCCGCCAAGCGUGGCGCCCGCGCGCCGCGGAUGCGGUGGACGACGUCGCUGCACGCGCGGUUCGUCCAUGCCGUCGAGCUUCUCGGAGGCCACGAGAGAGCUACACCCAAGUCAGUUCUUGAGCUAAUGGACGUGAAGGACCUGACCUUAGCUCAUGUCAAGUCUCACUUGCAGAUGUACCGGACCAUCAAGACCACUGACCACAAACAACCUGCUCCACCAUAUGGGCAAACUAAGACUAUCAUAGAGAUCCCAGACGACAAUCUGUUUGACAUCAACAACACUAGUGGGUCAGAGUCUUCUGUUCAGCAACAAUCCAAUUUUGACGGCAAUGAACAAGGAUCCAGCAUGUGUGCUCUACGGAGCAACAACUCCUCAAGGACGUGCAGUCACAGAGCCCUGAAGACGACGACGCCUCCGACCUGAAUCGCCGCCGUUCCAAAUACCGGAGACGACUGUCAGCGCCAUGAAACCCAACCUCGACUUCACCUUGGGAAGAAUGUAAUUUAACCAUCCAUCGAUCGUCGACGACAUUUCGAUCGAUCGAUCGAUCGAGAUCGCAUCGGAGAUUGGGUGAAGAGGGCUAGCUAGCUAGCUAGUACAUACAUGAUACAUCAUGUGUCAAAACUAAGUAGGGCAGAAUAUGAGAAUGAAGUGAAGAUCAGAUGCACAAACACACACACGCAUGUGUGCCCCAUUUGCACUACGAAGCUGAGGAUCAGAGAGGAGAUCGACCAAAGCUAGCUAGAGAGAAGAAAUUAAAGCAAACAAGAUAACUGAGGCUGAGGAAUAAGAUAACACUGCAACCGUUGAUCCAGGAACAAAGUGCAAAAGGGGGGGGGGGGGGGGGGGGGGUUAUCGAUCUAGGGACAUGGGCUCGUGCGUGCGUGUGUGUGUAUGUUCUUUGUGCGUGCGUGCAUGGUAGAUAUAGAGAGAGAUAUAUAUACCGCUAGAUCAUAGGCUUUAUCAAAGGCAGGGCAAGAGCAAGAAGAUGGGUGCCUUGCUUGCCUGCCUGCUGCUUGCUUGCUUAAAGCUAGGGCACAUAUGCGCAUUGCUUUGUUGCUUCUGGUUUACUACUACUACUACUAAAAACAUGAAGAGAGCUAAGCUAGCUAGCUAGCUAUAUAUAUACACUGGUGGAGAAAUGCUUUUUAGUCA